AUGAUGGGAAAUAAUGGGUUUGAUUCAGAUUUUGCUCUUCUUGAGUCUAUUCGCCGUCAUUUAUUAGACGAUUCCGCCAUUAAUUCCGGCAUUGGAGCUCCCCCGAUGCAUUGCCGGAGCACCACCACCUUGUUUCCUUGCUUAUCGGAAACUUGGGGUGAAUUACCCUUAAAAGAGAAUGAUUCAGAAGAUAUGUUAAUCGCUCGAUUUCUUCACGAAGCUUUGGAUUUCGAAUGCCUGCCGGCGCCGUCGAACUCCAUCGCCAGUGUUAAAUCCGAGCCGGAGAUUUUGGUGGGAUCGCCGGGAGUUUCUAGUUACCAAGGGGAAUCGCCGCUGCAGAAAACGGCGGUGCAAGGGGUGGUCGAGCAGAAGGGGAAACAUUACAGAGGUGUACGGCGGCGCCCGUGGGGAAAAUUCGCGGCGGAGAUUCGGGAUCCGGCGAAGAACGGUGCUCGGGUGUGGCUGGGGACGUUUGAGACGGCGGAGGACGCGGCGUUUGCGUACGAUACGGCGGCGUAUAGGAUGCGUGGUUCUCGGGCUUUAUUAAAUUUUCCACUUCGAAUUAAUUCCGGUGAGCCGGAGCCGGUUCGGAUAACUUCAAAAAGAAGGGCAACGUCGCCAGCGAGUUCAUCGGAGGAUCGAUCAUCGAAGAGGGGAAAGAGAGUGGAAACAGAGACCCACUUGUAAAAUAAGGGUUCCACGUGGCGAAUAGCCAUUGGUUGACGGAGACAGUGGCGAACCUUUUGUUCAAUUGUCUCAUGUAAUGGUCGUUUUCGUAGAUAAAUCACAAAUUUGUUUGUUUUUUUCUCUAAA